UCUCCAAGCACAAGGAGGGGUCUUCUUUAUCUUAGGCAUUUCUUUUUUCCCAUGGUAGGAUACUUCCACCCAGCUUCCCUCCUCUCACCCUUAUAUAAAGUUCUUGCUGCUGUGACUCUGCUUUGCUUGCUUCUUCACCCAACUACCACCACCUCUGUGUUUUCCUGCACUCUCCUUGCUAGUGGUGUGACUGUGAAGGUGGCGGAGCCUGCAUGGAAGGGCUGACGAGCGAGCAGAUGGUGGCGUUCCAGGAGGCGUUCUUGCUCUUCGACAAGAACGGCGAUGGAUGCAUCACCUUGGAAGAGCUGGCUGCGGUGACUCGUUCUCUUGGCCUUGAGCCGACCGAUCAGGAGCUCAACGACAUGAUGAGGGAAGUUGAUACAGAUGGCAAUGGGAUCAUAGAUUUUCAGGAGUUCCUGAGCCUCAUUGCCAGGAAGAUGAAGGAUGGGGAUGGCGACGAAGAGCUGAAAGAAGCUUUCGAGGUCCUAGACAAGGAUCAGAAUGGUUUUAUCUCCCCAACUGAGCUGAGGACAGUGAUGACCAAUCUUGGGGAGAAGAUGACAGACGAGGAGGUUGAGCAGAUGAUAAGGGAGGCGGAUACCGAUGGCGACGGGCAGGUGAACUACGAUGAAUUUGUGAUAAUGAUGAAAAACGCUGAACGGAAGAUAUCUGGGUGAAAAGAUGCCGUUCAUAGAUCAUAAGUGUGAACCACUGAUCCCCAAAUUUGGGAGCAUCUUUUCCACUGUAAAUUCCAUUCUCUCAAUUACUGUAUUUGAACCACAAAAUUUGGACUUCAGCUAUGGGUAAUUGCAGCUUGUAAGAUUGUGAUUUAAAACUAUACUAAGGUUGUGGUUUUAUUUCAAAAGUUGUUCGCUUUUGCGAACUAUGUAUUAGAAAUUGACAUAUACUUAGAAGGGCGUCUAUCCAUGUUUUUUAUUUUUUUUGGGAAUUUUUUUUGAAUGACUCGCACAGACGGUGCGAAGUUCUAUUGAUAGAGCAGGAAAAAAUUAUAAGAUUGCAACCCUGGAGGGUCGUAACCAGGAAAAAGAAAAAAUAAACCACCACCCACACACCGACAACGCCUAAACACAAGUCCGGGAGAAGGCUAGCACCAUACCGGCCGCCGCUAAGCGUGACCGACCGCCGCUAGACCAACAAAGGAACACAGACGAGAUCGUCAAGCAAGAGGGUGCCAAAACGACGUUUUCAAGAAGAGAAGCGACGGAAAACCGCCGCCGCCGUCCGUCAAGGAUCAAAGGAGCCAGGACUGGGCUUUCGCCCGGCAACCACCCUUGAGGGGCGAGACAGCACGACAACGCCCUCAGGAGGGGGAAUUAACCAUUGUUGUCGGUCCGGCCAAGGCCGGGCUGGGUUUUCACCUGCCGCUCACCACCUGCGAAACCACGGCUGACACACCGAUGCUCCACUGCCAAUCAACCUCUGUCGACAUGUGGGACCCCUGCACCGGCGCCCUCCGCCGGCUAGCCUUCGUGCGCCGAAGACCGCGCCACACCCACUGGCAGCUCCUCCACUCACCAAGGUCGCCUCCUCCACCGCCGGCCGCGCUUCUCGCGCCGAGCCGGCC